CCCAGCCGCGCGUCACCGGCAUUCAGCGGAGCAUCUCGAGCGACGAACAGAACGCGCAAAUAAUGAUUUCUGGCGUUUUCAUCGCAUAUUGGUGAUGGUUACACAGCGAAGAGGAAUCGUUCACUAUGGCCCGUGCCGUGGAAUAUUUCCCGACGGUUGUUCUUUAAGUGAGGAAUGUCAGUUUGUGUUUCAUCCAUCGGGAUUCACGCGCAAAUUGCAGGAAGAUGAAGAAGCAAUUCAACCGAAUGCGACAACUGGCUAACCAGACAGUGGGCAGGGCAGAGAAGACAGAAGUCCUGAGUGAUGAUCUGCUGCAGGCAGAGAAGCGUCUGGAGCUAGUUAAGCAGGUGUCUCACAGCACACACAAGAAGCUGACCGCAUGUCUUCAGGGUCAACAGGCUGUGGACGUGGACAAGCGCUCCGUCAGGUCGCCUCCAAAGAAGCUUCCUCUGACGUCUCUGGCUCAGUGUCUGGUGGAAGGAGCCGCUGUUCUCGGGGAUGAUUCUCUGCUGGGCAAGAUGCUGAGGAUCUGUGGAGAGACACAAGAGAGACUCGCUCAAGAACUUCAGCUCUUCGAACUCCAGAUUGAGGGAGACGUCGUGGAUCCGCUCUACACACUCUCUGAGGUUGAAAUUCCCAACAUUCAAAAGCAAAGAAAACAUUUAGCCAAACUGGUACUGGACAUGGAUUCUGCUCGCGCACGGUGGCACCAAUCAUCCAAAUCUUCAACUCUGUCUAAUAAGGAAACACCCAUCGGGGCCAAAGCCGACGCCCUCAGGGAGGAGAUGGAGGAGGCGGCCAAUCGCAUGGAGAUCUGUAGAGAUCAGCUCUCAGCGGACAUGUAUAGUUUCGUGGCCAAAGAAAUGGAUUAUGCAAACUACUUCCAGACGCUGAUCGAGGUUCAGGCCGAGUAUCACAAGAAGUCUCUGGAGUUGCUCCAGAACGUUCUCCCGCAGAUUAAAGCUCAACAGGAGUCGUGGGUGGAGAAGCCGUGUUACGGGAAGCCUCUGGAGGAUCACCUGACUCUGAGCGGCAGAGACAUCGCGUUCCCCAUCGAGGCGUGUGUGACGGUGCUGAUGGACUGUGGCCUGCAGGAGGAGGGUUUGUUCCGAGUCGCUCCGUCUGCCUCGAAGCUGAAGAAGCUGAAGGCGUCACUAGACUGCGGCGUGUUGGACUUUCAGGAAUAUUCCAUCGAUCCUCACGCGAUUGCAGGCGCUCUGAAAUCAUACCUGCGGGAACUGCCCGAACCCCUGCUGACCUUUGACCUCUAUGAGGAGUGGAUUCAGGCAUCAAAUAUCACGGAUCAGGACCAGCGUCUGCAGGCUCUGUUAUCCACCUGUGAGAGGCUUCCCUCAGCAAACAGCAACAACUUCAGGUAUUUGAUUAAAUUUCUCGCCAAACUGAACGAGUAUCAAGAUUAUAAUAAAAUGACGCCAGGAAACAUUGCGAUCGUCCUGGGGCCGAACCUGUUGUGGGCGCGAGCGGACGGGAACAUUACGGAGAUGAUGACCACAGUCUCGCUGCAGAUCGUCGGGAUCAUCGAGCCCAUUAUCCAGCAUGCUGAUUGGUUCUUCCCUGGCGAGAUCGAGUUUAAUGUGACGGGCAACUACGGCAGCCCCGUCCACACCAAUCACAACGCCAACUACAGCUCGAUGCCUUCGCCUGACAUGGACCAAUCAGAGCGCAGGCAGCCCAUGGACCAAUCAGAGCGCAGGCUUUCGGACCAGAGCCGGCGACCCCUCAGCGUGGCCACCGACAACAUGAUGCUGGAGUUCUACAAGAAAGACGGCAUGGGAGUGCGAGUGAUGGACACUUCAUGGGUUUCUCGAAGAGGUUCCUCAUCGUCCCGUAAGAGUUCGUCGACGCCCCCCAGCGUUCAGCCGCUCUCUGAUUCGCUGUACCCCGAGCAAGCGGACGAUGUCUCCGCCUCCCCCUCACAGACUCCGCCCCCCAUCAGCAGCGAUAGGACCAGCUCAGAGGAUUAUCGGGAGUCCUGUGUCGUGUGCCGGUCCCCUGAGGAGGAGAGGCCGCCUCCUCCAUACCCGUUCCCUUCUUCCUCCUCUUCCUCGUUCUCCUCGUUCUCUCUCCCUCACUCCCGAACACACCCUCGUCCCGGUCCCGGUCCCGAGUGUGUUCCUCUCCCGAUGUUCCCCCGCUCUCCACUCCUCCUGUCCUCCACCUCUCUGGACAUCAACUCCAACCCCAAACCCAGUGUCCUGCACCUGCCCAAACAGGGCUCGCUGACCUCUGACCCCUGCCCCCCGCACGCGCCCCCCCCGCCCGUGUACAUCAAACCCCCGCUCGUUCUGCCCCGCCACGACCCCUGCCAUCCGAACUUUAGCCCUCACGCUCCGCCGCCGUGGGCCUGUAAUCCAGAGAGAGGACUCAGAGCGCAUAGCACUCAGAAGAAUAAGGAGCUCUCACCUGUGAUUGGUCAAAGAGGACUCUCACCAACAGCUCCCUCUGGUGGACAGAACCAGCUCUCAGACCAGAGUCCUCACACACUGCGUAAAGUUUCCAAAAAGCUGGCCCCCAUCCCCCCCAAGAGUGUGUUUUCUCCGCCGGAUGUGUCUCCGGGUCCGUCUCCGGUGAGUCUGUCUCCGACUCCUCCCAGCACCCCGUCACUAUACAGCUUCAGUUACUCUCAGAGCUCGCCGGGACACGGACACACACUCUCGUCCCCGCCUCCGCUGAGCGGCACCCUGCCCCGGUCCCGGCCCGUGGCCAAACCCCCCCGGCACAGACCCAGCCUGCCCCCCCCACAGCCCCCCGGUGCCGGUCUGAGCCCGCAGGAGCCCGAGGAGCACGCGGGUCUGCACGGGCUGGCGGCGGCGGAGAGCAUGUCCACAGCGGUGUGAGGUCGGGGGGUCAGUGGGCUUUGGCUCAGAAGGACUCGUGUGAUGUGGACGG